GGACGGACGAGUGAGCGCGAGGCCAUGAGGGACAAGUUCCUGGGCUCCUCCAGGGACAACCUCAACCAGGCGGCCAAGAUGGAGAGGCUCACGGAGGAGAUGAAGAAGGUAAAGGACCUUGCGCCGCUCGUUCUUGGGGAAGGCAUUGACGGCAGAGACAGCUCGCUCACCAGACUACCUGGUGACCCCAAACCGAAGACGAAGGAGGAGUUCACAGACUCCCUGAAGAGGGCGUGUCGAACCAUGGAGGAGAUGAAGAGGAUGAUGAAUCUCAUGGACGACAGAGACCGGCUGAAAAGGGCGCCGUCCUUCCGAAGAGCGCUAUCGGUGGAGGACAGCGAAGACGAGGGCCCGCCCUCACGCCCACGCAGCGCCCAGAGAGGCUCGCUACGCCCACGCGGCCACAAGUCCUCGCUCUACCGGAAGACGCAAUCCCUCGAUCACCAGAUGGCGGAGGACCGAGGCAAGAUCUGGGUCUCGACGGACGCCGGCAGCACCACCAGCAUAGACUCCACCCUGACGGACGACAUGCGCAGAGCCAAGUACGACCGCGACAUCUCCCUGGACAGGAUCUCCACGGGUUCCCAGACAAGUGACCUCGAUCCCCUCGGCGACAAGAAGAAAAAGGGAAUCAAAGGAAUGAUUUCGAAGCUCACCAAGUCGCGCUCCAUCGAGGACUCGGCCACGGGAGGUUCCAUCGGGGGCGCCGGGGUCAAGGCGAUGGGCGUGGGCAUGGGCGGGUCCGGGAACGACAUCCCGAGUGACGUCGAGAAGGACUCCGUCAAGGGCAAGCUGAAGGGCCUCUUCAAGAAGGGGCCGCCGUCGAGAUCGCAGAGCGUUGACCGAGCAGACGGGACAAGUGUCAAGAAAAUCGCCAGUUCCUACGAUUAUGACACUGCUUCAAUGGCAUCGAGAACCUUAGACCGCCCGGCUCGUUUACAGAGGCGGUGAUGAGCUACACACAUAAGAACACCUCCCUGGAGAGUAACACGAGCGCCAACAUCCCGCCGGUCAUGAGAAGAUUCCGAGGGCGCAACCAGCAAGGCGCCAUGACCAAAGCCCAGUCUUUCACCGCCAUCGGGCGCCAGAGCUCUCUGGAGACCGACGUGUGAGCAGCAGCAGCGCCCUCGGCAGGCCCAGGACCAGCCUUGCAUGGGGACGGCCCAGGACCAAUCCAAGGAAGGAGGGCUUGGUGAGACGAGAGGCCGAGAGCUAGCAGUCAACGCUCUUUCCCCGUGCAUGAGAAUACUUAGGGAGAAGAAAACAAGGUCUUAGAAGAAACCUUGAGAUCUCAGGAUGUGUAAACAUAGACACAAGACGGGGCU